GAAGAAGCUAAGCAAAGGAUGGAUAAUAAAAGAAGCAGAAAGAGUAAGACCAGAAAUGGGGAAGCCUAGAAAGCAAGUGAAUAAGUGAUACAAUACAAGUAAGUCCAAGCCAAAGGAGAAAGAAGCUGAAGGAUAACCGAGAGCAAACCCGGUUCGGUUCUCAGUUUCACCUUGACCCUUGACUUUAGAAUCUGGUUUUGGAGGGAAGAAGCUGCCUGUAAUGGUGAAAACUGACUCAAAAACCAGAACAGUGUUUAACUAAAUUAAUGUUCUCUUAAUCUCUUAUCAAUGAUAAAGUUAUCAUCUAGUUAUCAUUUGGGCCCAAGAUCUUGUUGGAGCAGGCCCAGUUCUAGUCACUUUCGACAUUUGAUACAGGUGUUCUGUCUCUUUCUCUAACUCGCGUUGAAACUCUUGCCUUGACGCUGUCUCUUGUGAGCUCUUAACUGCAACAAUGUAGACUAUUAUGCAGAAGAUUAAAGAAAUCGAAGAUGAGAUGGGAAGGACACAGAAGAAUAAAGCCACUGCUCAUCAUCUCGGUUUGUUAAAGCUUAGAGUGAGGCCAAACUUGCUAAGCUACGAAGGGAUCUUCUUGCACCACCUACCCCGCCGGGACCGGGUUCAACAAAGGAUUGGUGGUGGUGGUGCUGCUGAUGGCGAAGGUUUUGAUGUCACUAAAAGUGGAGAUUCUAGAGUUGGUCUUGUUGGUUUUCCUUCCGUUGGCAAAUCUACACUCUUGAACAAGCUCACCGGAACGUUUUCUGAGGUUGCUUCUUAUGAGUUCACAACAUUGACUUGCAUUCCCGGUGUUAUUACAUACCGUGGAGCUAAAAUUCAGUUAUUAGAUCUUCCUGGUAUUAUCGAGGGUGCCAAGGACGGAAAAGGUAGAGGACGACAGGUUAUAAGUACUGCUAGGACUUGCAACUGCAUCUUAAUAGUUCUUGAUGCCAUAAAGCCCAUAACUCACAAACGUCUCAUUGAAAAAGAACUCGGAAGGAUUCGGUAUAAGUUCUGGUCGAAAUUCUGA